AUAUGGAGGUUCAUGAUACUAUUCCUCUUCUUUUGUAAAUGUUUGAUUUUCCAUGAUAAAAACAAUUAUAAUAAACAAGAGAAAAGAGACUGGAAACAGCCAGGUGGGAGCAGUGAGUGAGUGAGGAAAUCUGCUCUCUCCAGAUUCCCUAGGUUUCUCAGAGAAGAUCAGCACAAAGUCUGCGAGACCCUAAGAACCAUCAGCCCUCAGCUGCACUUCCUCUUCUCUGAGAAUGACAAAGGUGUUACUCAUCUACUUGGUCAGCAGCUUCCUUGCCCUAAAUGAGGCCAGCCUCAUCGGUCGCUGUGACUUGGCCCAGGUGCUGCGGAAGGAGGACUUGAAUGGGUUUAAGGCCUACUCCCUGAGUGACUGGCUGUGCCUGGCUUUCGUGGAAAGCAAGUUCAACAUGUCAAAGAUAAAUGAAAAUGUACAUGGCAGCUAUGACUAUGGCCUCUUCCGGAUCAUGCACUACUUGUGCAAUGUCUCUAAGAGGCACUUGGAAAAUCUUUGCCAUGUGUACUGUCAAAGUCUGACCAGGGCCCCAGAGUGGGAGAGGUGA